AAAGUUAUAUAUGUGUGUAUAUUAAUGUAAAUAAUUGUGCAUGCAGUUGCUGGAAAAUUGUUAAAUCCAUAAGUUUCAGAUCUCUCUCAUCUCCUCCAAAUAGUGUUGCUAAAACAAGAGUACCAUCACAUCUCCUCUAUGGGUUUGCAUCCCUCUUGGCUAACACUGGACUUUCUGAGAGGCGGGGAAGAUCCUGGCUCCAGUGUGAGGAGGGAUCUCCUCACUACAGAACAACUCAGGCACAGCUGGAGCCUGCGGUGUGUGUGAAAUGUGAUGCGUGCCUCCCAGAAACUAUUAGUAAUAAACUCUAUGAAACUGAUAAGGGUGUCAUUGGAAUCACUGUAGCAUGCAGGGGUAUUUUAAUCAUUCAGAAAAUGGUGAAAAUUCCAUUGGCUUUUCCCCAUCAUUUGUGGUUAAACUGUGUAUGGGGUUUUUGACAUCAUUUUCCCAGAGCAGAGAGAUUACAUAACAGGGCUGACAGCCUGUAAACAUUUCCUCAGCACAGGCAGGAAACAGGCUACAUUUCUUAGAAAUCAAGUGGAGGUUGUAACCGCCCAGAAAAAAUUAGUAGAUAAAUGACUUCCCUGGGAAAUCAACACUAAACUUGUACCUGAAGCAUCACCGUGCACAGAAGAAUUUUAACGUCUUUUUCUGAUAGUAUUUUCAGUAUCCAGAUCAUCUGGGUCAUGAAGAAGAUAAAGAGUUCCUGUAGAGCCUUCAUGGGAAGAGGCCACAAGCAGGAGAAAGCGGCUGAGGAGAAUACAAAGAUGCUUCCCAAGGCCAAGGAGAGAGAAAAGCAGGAAAAAAGAGGGCAGAAAAACUGAAAAGCUCAGUCAACAACUUGGUAAAGACUGUUCCUGGCAGGAAAAAGGCAGCUGCAAAGAAGGAUAAAAGCAAAAAUGAGGUGGGAAAUUUGCUGGAGAUGAAAACAAAUAGGAAAGAAGAGAAGGGAGAUAUGCCUGCAGAGGAAAUCAUCUGUGGAUUAAUCGAGAAAGGAAAGUUUUUUGAAGCUUGCCUUUAUAUUUCUCAUCCGGAGCAGCGUGGAAGUGAUGGUGUGGGAAAUUCUGAGUCGCUUUACAUUCUCCUGGCUGAACGAAUGUGGUCUGCUGUGAGAAAAGCACUCGAUGGGAGUGAUGGGAUGCUCCUGCAGUCAUUGAAGUCAGUGGGUGAAUUACUGAACUGGCAGAAGCAGGAGAAAGAGCAGUGGCUUAGCAGUGAGCAGGGGAUGGAGCCUGCUUCCACCUGGCAUCCAAACUUCUGGGGGAAAGAUCUGGAGAAAGAACUAACACAGUACUGGACAGCCAAGAUUCCCCACUUUAUUCUCACUGGUGACACAGAUGAUACUGCACUAAAACAGCAUCUGAGUCUGCUGGAAACAUCAUUCCUCCCCAGCCUGGAGCACAAAAGUGGUGCCUUCAAGGAGGCAGGACUGCUCAUCCCUUACACCCGGGGCUGCCGUGCCUCUUUGUUCUCUCACCUUUCUGCCCUUUCUGAGAGUGAGCACUGUACCUUCAGCCAAGGGCUCUUAGUUUAUGAAUGGUGCCUAAAAGCAUAUAAAAGGGGCAGCGGGACGUGGCUGGGACCCACGCAGAGCUCCCAGCACCCUGAUGUACAGAGUCUCACGUGGAUUAUUCUGAAAACAGAAGAAAAGUUACUUGCAAUCACCCGGAAGGAAGUAGGGAAAGCCCUGAACAAAGCCUUUAACACUGGGGAAACCCCUGGCACAGAUGCUGCAAUCAUUCAGAUAUUAACAGAGAAGACAAAAGCAGCCCAGCACAUCAGUGAGAGCCUGAGGGAGAAGGUGGAAGCUGUAUGCCUGGAGGAGUACCUGAGCUUCCUGGGCAGCUAUGAAAACAAAGUAAGAAGCGUUCUCCAGCAUGACAGCUUCCAUGGGAUCUCCAGCAGCUUGCAAAUCAUUGAGAACUUCAGCAUUCUCAGAGCUGUCUGGUAUAAGUUAACGUACCUUUGUAGUGCCAGCACUGAUCAAGAUGCUAAGAUAAAAAGAUUUAUAGACAGGAUGGAAGAUGAGGUUAUGGAGCAUUUUCUGCAGACAGUCACUUCUGAAGUCAAGGGAACACUGAAGGAUCAUUUCAGAAAGAGUGACAGCAAUUUAGGACGCAUCCUUCAAUUCUUAAAGCAAAGCUUUCUGAUGUUUAAGAAGAAAAAAACAGACAAAUAUCGGGUCCUUGUCGAGUCUGUGAACAACAUAAUUACUAAAGAAUAUGUGAAAGCCCUCCGUACCACUUCCAGGAAACUGUCUGUGAAGAAAAGGAGGCAGAUUGUCAGCAAGAUGGAAGAAGAUCAUAGGAUGCUGCAUACCAUUUUUAAAGAGUGCUUAAGUCCCAUGGCUGGUGCUCUCGAGGAUUCCAUCAAAGCAGUUUUAGGACUUAUUCAAGCUCCUGAUGUUGAGGGGAUGAAAAUAGCCCUGCUGCCUGUGCUCAGACAAUUUCCUGGCCUAAGGGAAGAACAUCUGAACAUAUUGUUGGACAUCAAAGGGUCGCUCCACCGAGAAGACAGAGUUGCUUUAUUGGAGAUAUUUCGUGAUAACUGUAGGAAAACUGAAACAGAAAGCAACUUGCUUUUUGGAGAUAUAGAAGUAAAACCUGGAAUGUGUGAAUGCUGUUGCUGCUUUUGUUGUUAGGAAAGCUUUUUUCUUGCUUUCAGUCAGACUUACUGUGAGAAACAUGAAGUUCUCUCUCCCACAUGGCAAUAUCUGCAGACACAGAUCCUGGAAAGCUUCAUGGACUUGUGCAGCUGGAUGCAUGAAGAAUCGUGGCAGCUAUGGAAGCCAGAAUUCCUGCACUUCUGCAGGAAAACCAUAUGGCCCAGAUCCUAACGUUCUAUGCAAAGACCAGGCAGAAGUUGACUGGGGUAUGGCUGAAAGACAUUCCUUUAAAAUUGCUCAGAGAAUGCUGCUUAGCUGAGUCCUGGUAGUUAUUCCCAGGAUGUGCUAUCAUGGUGUGGAAGAGGGGAAGGUUCCCCUCUGCCAAAUUUCUGUUAUACACAGUCUCAUGCUUAACAAGGGACUGCUGCACCAUACAGUGUCCUAGCAGAUGAUACAGUAUGAUAAUCUGGCCCAGGGCUCUCUGUAGAGAUUAGCCUGUGGGAGCAUGGGGCAGCUGUGGGUAUGGUGCAGGAUUCAGCCCCUGUAGGCCUGACCUGGUAGAAAUGUGACCUUUCCCUUGUCACACCAAGGUCACAAGCCCCAAGAGUGAGAGCAGAAGAUGGCAUUUGUCUUCAUGUCUCUUGCUAGCAUGGCUCAUGGCCGUCUCCUUGUGGGAUGGGGAGCUCUUCAUGUACAAGUUUCUCAGCUGGUGCUGCAGCAUUUUUGCAUUCAUUUUUGUACCUCAGUUACUGGAAAUUUCCUCUUGCUGUGUGAAGUAGCUCCUUUGGAGAGGGAGUGGAAGGCCUUGAGGGAAGUAGGCAGUGAAAGGAGCUGUUUGUCCCAGCCUCUGGGCAAGGUCUGUGCUGUAGAUAGGCAGUUCUGCUAAGGAAAGCACUAACUUUCUAGUUAUCUAUGGACUGUUCACACCCUCAAGCUGAAUUUGAUUCAGGGCCCUCCUUUAAUUUAGGUCAUUAUAGACUUGCUCCUUUCUGGCCAUGAAAACAAGAAAAAAGCUCUGCUACCUCAGAUCUACUGGUGCUGCUGGCAUCAACAUAGACUCUUCUCUAAUAGGAAAAGGGGCAAUCUGUGCAUAACCUGCAAGCUUGCAAGGCUGGGGCCACGUCCAGCUCCUGGGCUGUGGGAUGGUGCGGGUCUGAAUGGCUUCCAUCACUCUUUGCAGCACCAUGCCAUGCAAACAGCCCCUUUGGAUGUGCCAGCAAUGAAGCCACAUCGUGGGGUGGCUCUGCAGGGUGGUGGAAUCCUGUCACAGUGUGCAGUGCUGUGCUGGGAGUGCUGACAGCCCUGUCAAGCAGGCCGGGUCAUUUGUCCUCCCGUGCUGCCUAAUUGCACAUUUUUUCAAGGGCAGGAAGUGAUUACAGCCCCAACUUUGUGACAAGGGGAUUAGAGGCAGCCUCUGUUUAUUGGAAUUUCAAUCAACGAACCUUCCAGAGAAAAUAAAUAAAAGCCCCUUUGACAUUUUGAUCGCGUCUGGUCUAAAAAUAAUUCCACUGCACUUGAGAGAUUCCUGCCACAGACAUUUUGAUUGCUACAUCCAUCUCUUCCAUUUGACAUUCACAGGCAGACAAGGGUAUGUUCUACUCACGGGCAGAGCCGAGGAGCCUUUGGGGAUGGAUUUGACCUGUGGUGAAAUGGCUGGCAGUCAUCUUCUGCUCUAUAUGCUUGUAUAGGAUAAGCACUGCUUUCAGUAAAGCCUUUUAAUGGCCUGUGCGUGGCAUCAGACUGUGGACAGGGCAAAUAAAGGCUUGGCUUCAGGAGGCAAUCUUGGGUGAGGAGCUUUGUCCACCAAGUUGAGUGCUGGUGGCAUGUGGGAGGCUUUCUUGACCUGGGGUGUUCUCUGGAAAGGGAAUGGGAGGACAGACAGAUGGCAUGGAA